GUCUAUGUUUUCUAAUGUUUCAUCAUUCUUCUACAAUUUUGUACAGAAGUAAUUAUAAAAGUGAAAUUUAAUUUCUGUGAAAAACCUUUCAGUAAUUGAUGCUAUCAUAGUUCAGAAGGACUUGAUAUUUAGUUUUCUGUGUUGGUGUGAUGAUUUGUUAGAUCGUUCAGAGACAAAACACCCAAGUAAAGUCUCUGUCGUGUCGUCAUGCCUCGAAUAGUUUUCUUUGUUUUUUUACGAAUAGAUAUCUAAGAGGUAAGAAUUGAUACAAUGUAUAUUAGUGCCUAUCCAAGGAAUAUUGUAUAACAAUGUCAUACAAUAUUGAAGACCGCAGUGCUUUUUCCCUCAACGCCUUGUGAAUUGUGUGAACAUGAUCACUAAGAUGGAACCUUUAAGUGAAGAAAACGACACUCUUCUACGUAGAAACAACAAAGCAACAGCGAAGUUUUCAUGUGACUAUUGUAUGAAACUUUUUGGAUGUCGUAAAAGCUUGUCUAAGCAUAAAAGAACUCAUACCCCUCGUAAUAGAGAAAAGAUUUUUCCGUGCCCACAUUGUGGCAAAACAUUUGUUAAUGAAUCGUAUAUCAGCACUCAUGUAAAACUGCAUGAAAACGAAAAACCUCAUUGUUGCGAUAUUUGUUCAAAACGCUUCAUCAGCAAGCAUACGCUUUACUAUCACAUGAAGACUGUUCACAAUGAAGAGAAGCGGUACGCUUGUGACGAAUGUGGUAAGAGUUAUUCUGAAAAGGGGACUUUAGUUCGUCACAAAAAAAUUCAUACCGGUGCAACGCCUUUUACUUGCAAGUUCUGUUGCAUUAACUUUACUGAGAAAGGGAGCUUGCGAAGGCAUCUGAGACGUAAGCAUGGUCGAGAACUAGAUGCUUCCAAUCUCAAUGCUAUUGAUGCUGAUGAUGAUAUGACAGAGAAAUCUGGAAAUUUACACUCGAAUCUGAACAGCUCAAAUGAGAGCUCAGAACAGCAACUUUUCAAAUGUAAUAUUUGCGUUAAAUAUUUAUCUAGGAAAACGCAUUUUGCUAAUCACAUGAGAAUACACACUGGUGAAAAACCAUUUUCUUGCGACUAUUGUAGCAAAGCAUUUGCGGAAGCUGGGAGCCUGAAACGUCACUUGAGAGUUCAUACAGGUGAAAAACCAUUUUCGUGCGAUUUCUGCCAGAAAACGUUCCGUGACCGUGGCAAUUUAACGAGGCAUGUCAAAUCUCAUACGCAGCCAGAUUAGCAUUACUUGGUGAUGCAAACAGAAAUGGUGAUAUUUUGAGUAGAUUUUUCUAGGAAAACGCAUUCUCUUAAUCACAUGAGAAUACACGCAGGUGAAAAGCUGUUUUCUUGCGAUUAUUGCAGCAAAGCAUUUGAGGAAGCUGGGAGCCUGAAACGUCACUUGAGAGUUCAUACAGUUUAAGGCCCCUAUAUAUACGAGCCGGCGCAUCAGUUUAAAAUCAGCCAUUUUUGAUCGGAGCGCCUGUUUGCGUGGUUGUCUUUUCUGACGAGUUAUGGCGUUUGGUGAUUGCUCAUUGAGAGCGAUUAUUAGCUGCACGUGAAUUGUUUAUUAAAAAAAAAUAUUAUUUACGGAAAAUUUGGCCAAACACGAAACUUUGCUGUGGUAACCCUAGCUCCGCAACAAUGAAAAAUUCGAUCCAAACUGGCUAAACUUAAGCUGAUGCGUCGACCUACCUAUAUAGCAGCUCUAAUAUAGGUGAAAGACCAUUUCCUUGUGAUUUCUGCCAGAAAACGUUUCGUGACCGUGGCAAUUUAACUAGGCAUGUAACAUCUCAUACGCAACCAGAUUGACAUUGCCUUGUGAUAUUAACAAAAAUAUAUUUUGAGUGGAUUUUUCUAGAAAAACUAAUUUUGCUAAUCACAUGAGAAUACACACUGUUGAAAAGCCGUUUUCUUGAGACUUUUGUGGCAAGUCGUUUGCUGUAUCUGGGAGCCUGAAACGUCAUCUAAGAGUUCAUACACGUGAAAGACCAUUUUCUUGCGAUUUCUACCCGAAAACGUUCGGUGACCGUGGCAAUUUAACUAGGCAUGCUUAAUCUCAUACCCAACCAGAUUAAUAUUGUCUAGUCAUAUGUUCAAAGAAACGGUGAUUUUUUUGACUGAUGUAAACUAAAAUAAUAGAAUAUUUUUAUAAUA